CGUCGUCGUCGUCGUGGCUGUUGUGUACGUAUGUGUGUGAGACACGCGAAAUACGCGUGUGUUUGUGUGAAUGAAGAGAAAAGAAAAGCAAGGGAAGGCUCCUAAGGGCUUACCCUGAAAUAUAAGUGAGCAUUGUGGUCGUCAUCAUCGUCGUCCCGACGCGCAACCUCGACGUUUACGUCGAAAGCAAAAAAAGAUAUCGAAGAGUUUUCUGUGAAAAUGCGACGCGAUAUGACGACGACGACGACGACGACGACGAGUGACGUCGUUACAACGGCAGUAUUUGCAGCAUCGCCAUCGUGGAGAUCAUGGACAACGUCGUCGUCGUCGACGGCAUCAUUGACGACAUCGUCGUCAACAUUGACGACAUGGACACUGGCGUUACACGCACCGUUACAACGUUUGAUCGCGGCAACUCUGCUAUUGUUGCUCAUGUCCACGCAUCUUGGUUCAGCCGCGGCUUCCUGCAGAUGGACAAGCGAGGCCGGCAACGAAACCCGUUCGGCGGUUUGCGCCCUACGCAUCCUGGACCCAGCGACGAUUGUCGCUCUGGCGCCGUCGCUCGAUGGCGCGGUCAAACUUCGAAUCAGCUGCAGCGACGUGCACCAUUUUGAAAGCAAUUUGAGCGCAGAGAUCUGGCAUCGGUUGGCCGCUCUUCACGAGUUGCACGUGCACGGUUGCAAGGUGUUGCAAAUACCAGCGGGCGCGUUUCAACCGUUGCUCGAACUUAAACGGCUCGUCGUUCAGACUCUGAACGCGGUAUGGGGCGCUGCUAGAUAUCUGGAAUUCGCGCCACGUUCUCUCGCGGGUCUCCGCGAGCUUCACACUCUAGAGAUAAUCGAGAGCAAUGUGCUGGCAUUACCGUCGAGUCUGCUCUGUGAACUGGACAAUUUGCAGACUCUCAAUCUUACCGGUAAUCGCAUCCGCGACAUCAACGACAUCGGUUUGACGGAACCGCCUGGAACCGCCGUCGACGACGGCAACGGCGAAUCCUGUCGGGCCGAUAUUCGGAUUUUGGAUCUGUCGGGUAACGAAUUUCGCCGAUUACCCGAGAAAGGGCCGUUGGCGAGCCUGCGACAGUUGCAGGAAUUGCACUUGCAACGCAACGCGAUUUCCGAAAUUGACAAGAACGCGCUGAACGGUCUCACCGCUCUGCGCACCUUCAACGCCAGCCACAACGCCCUGGACUCGCUGCCCGAAGGACUGUUUGCUAACACGCGCGAACUACGGGUAAUACAUCUGGCGUACAACGGAUUGCGCGACUUGCCGCAAAAAGUGUUCACAAAGUUGGAGCAGCUUCUGGUGCUGAAUCUCGCCAACAACCGUCUCGGCAGCGACAGCGUCGACGAAACCACCUUCAACGGCCUGAUUCGCUUGAUUGUUCUUGAUCUAUCGUACAACCUGCUGACGCACAUCGACGCUCGCAUGUUCAAAGAUCUGUUCUUCCUACAAAUCCUUGACCUACGUAACAACUCGAUCGAUCGUAUCGAGAGCAACGCUUUUCUACCGCUUUACAAUCUUCACACGCUGCAGCUGUCCGACAAUCGUCUCCACACUGUGGGAGCGCAGCUGUUUAACGGUCUCUUUGUGUUGAAUCGACUGACGUUGUCCGGAAACUCGAUUACAAAUAUCGACAGCGUGGCGUUUCGAAACUGUUCCGAUCUCAAGGAACUGGAUCUCAGCGGCAACGAACUCGCAGCCGUGCCGGACGCGUUGCGCGACCUCGCUUUUCUCAAGACCCUCGAUCUCGGCGAGAACCGUAUAAGCGAGUUUCACAACGGAUCUUUUCGCAACCUCCAUCAACUCACCGGCCUUCGUUUGAUCGGCAACGACAUCGGCAAUCUGACCCGCGGCAUGCUCUGGGACCUGCCGAAUCUACAAAUUCUCAACUUGGCCCAUAACAAAGUGCAACAUGUAGAGCAACACGCGUUUGAGCGAAACAAUCGACUGGAGGCGAUCCGUCUUGACGGUAAUUUCCUGUCGAACAUCAACGGCGUGUUCAACAAGAUCACGAGUUUGCUGUUGCUAAACUUGUCGGAAAAUCAUAUUCAGUGGUUUGACUACGCUUUCAUACCCAACAGUCUAAAGUGGCUCGAUAUUCACGGCAACUAUAUCGAAAAUCUGAGCAAUUACUAUAACAUCCGUAAUUCCAAAGUGAAGACUUUAGACGCCAGUCACAAUCGUAUUACCGAACUCACGCCGCAGUCCGUGCCGAAUAGCGUGGAAUUAUUAUUUAUUAACAAUAACUACAUAAGCGUGGUGCGCCCAAACACGUUUACCAACAAAGUGAAUCUAACUCGCGUGGACAUAUACGCCAAUAUGAUCGAGACGAUGGAGCUGACGUCGUUGUUGCUGACCAAAGUGCCGGAUAACAGACCGUUGCCAGAAUUCUACAUAGGCGGCAAUCCUUUCAACUGCAACUGUUCGAUGGACUGGUUGCCGGCCAUCAAUAAUCAAACUUCGAGGGAAUAUCCGCGAAUCAUGGAUCUUGACAACGCCAUGUGCCGUACGUUGGGACCGCGAGGAGUUGCCAUUCUACCGGCAUCAACCGCCCGUUCGGAACAGUUUCUCUGUCGCUACGAGAAACAUUGCUUCGCCCUUUGCCAUUGCUGCGACUACACCACAUGCGACUGCGAGAUGAAGUGUCCGAUCGGUUGCAGGUGCUACAACGAUCGCACGUGGAACACAAAUGUCGUCGACUGCUCGGGUCUCGGAGUUUCCGAAAUACCGCGUCGAAUACCGGCUGACGCAACCGAAUUGUACCUAGACGGUAACGUGUUUCAUGAACUUCACGACCACUUGUUCGUCGGCCGCAAGAACAUGCGCGUAUUGUAUGUGAACGCCACCGGAAUCGAAACCAUUCAGAACCGCACAUUCAACGGCCUCACCAAUCUACUGAUUUUGCAUCUCGAAGACAAUCGGAUACGCGAGCUCAAAGGUUUCGAAUUCGAACGGUUGUGGCAUUUGCGCGAACUCUACUUGCAAAACAACGUCAUCGGGUUUAUUGGCAAUUUAACCUUUUUACCGUUGCGUUCGCUCGAGAUCUUACGAUUACAUGGGAAUCGUCUGGUGACCUUUCCGGUGUGGCAGGUCACUUUGAACAUACGACUGGUCGAGCUGUCGCUCGGUGGCAAUCCCUGGUCCUGUCGCUGCAAGUUUCUACAGGAAUUGUCCUCCUGGGUGUCGGACAACGCGCACAAAGUUAUCGACACCGGCGAUGUUUGGUGUUACUACGGCGGUGAUUUCAGGCCGGCCUAUAGACGUCGUCUUAACGUAAACGAGACCGCCUGUUCGGACUACUUCGCUCAGGGUGGCGUGAUCGAGAGCAUUAUGGUGUCGGACUAUCUACCACUGGUAGCCGCCACUCUAUCGGCCGUUCUCAUUCUACUUGUUAUCAUAGUGCUCGCUUUCGUGUUUCGCGAACCGGUCGGCGCCUGGGCCUAUUCCAAGUACGGACUACGAUUUUUACGCACGAAAUCCGGCAAGGCCACGACCACAGCGAGUAUGGGGGUCGCAGCCGCGAUGACCGCGGGCUGUUGCGACGAUCGGGAUCGUCUUUAUGACUGUUACGUUUGCUACAGUCCGCACGACGAGGACUUCGUGAUGCACUCGCUGGCGGACGAAUUGGAGCACGGAGCGAGCGGUUUGAGACUUUGUCUUCAUCAUCGGGACCUGCCGUGCGUGUUACGCGCUUCCGCCCCCGCGCCCGCUGUUCUCGAAGCGGUGGACGCGUCGCGACGCGUGCUGAUCGUGUUGACUCGCGAUUUUCUGCACACCGAAUGGUCACGUUUCGAGUUUCGUGCGGCGCUGCACGAAGCGUUGCGCGGCCGCGCUUCUCAGUUAAUCGUUAUCCAAAUCGGUCAGAUUGGCGUCGAGGUCGAACGCGAUCCCGAAUUGCGACCCUAUCUGAGAACGGCCGCUGUUAUACUCACGUGGGGCGAGAAGAGGUUCUGGGAACGAUUGAGAUACGCGUUGCCGCCGUCAACGACGACCGCCAUCAUCGCCACAAGCGCCAACACAACCACAGGCACCGCUGUCAGCAACGUCGUCGAGAGCAAGUCGUCGCCUCUGGUGUACAAGCGUAACAUCAACACCUACACCUUGGACAGCGAUAUAGGCAGUCUUGAAAAGAGCAGCAUGUCGACGCUGCGCGGCGGUCAGCGCGGCGCGCUCUUCAAGGACUCCUCGUCGACGCUAAUGUUGCAACACGCGCCUCCCGCUUAUUCGUGUAGUACCCCACUUCCCUCUAUGUUGGGACAGCAACAGCAAAUGCCGCCGUCGUCGUCGCCGGUGGUACAGCCUAGGCUGACCAUCAAUCAUGCCUACCGGGACGUGACGCUGCCGGCAGAUAAUCUCGUCACUACCACCACCACCGCUACCGCCAAUAACAGCAACUGCAGCGUGGUUAGCGAUGACCACAGGAGACCGCUUUCCGAGCACAUCUACUCGUCCAUCGACUCGGAUUAUUCCACCCUUGAGAAGACUGCCUGGAGGCAACCGCCCCCACCGCCACCUCCGCCUUCCUCGGGACAGGCCUAUCUGGUUUAGCUACUUGCGAUCGUUACCCCAGGUGUUCCCGAAAACGCUACGUAUUUACGAAAUCGUGGAAACCGUCGACUCGAACAUGAUAGCGACGAGCGACGAUAGUCGAUUUCUCGUUCUCGUAAGGUUGUGCUGAAAUUCUGUGUGUUCGCCCACGUGACGCCCGAUUGACGACGGCAUCGAUAGACUGAAUUCCCAAAGACGCUGCGCGCGAUCGAGUCGCGAACUCCCACAAGAGACACGUGUACAUAAUUUAGAGAGACGUCGUCGCAAAGGGAACUAAGGGACGAAGUGUUCGCGUUAUGUUAAUUAACAUUUUGCGGAUAAUUGUGAUAAUAAGUCGUUUUUAUUUUUUCUUGUUGACGAGAAUUUUGUUUUGUUUAUUAUUACAAUACCUCGCCUUUUUCAAGCGUGUAAUUGAUUGUCCUUGUAUGCGUGUGCUGGAUUCGAGAAUCUCGCGAGAAUCUCAUUCUCGUAUAAAAAAAGUCUCUCGCUUUUUGGUAUAAAAAUAUAAAUUUAAUAUGUCUAUUUAUACGUAAACUUUGUUUCAGAAAUGAUAUUAAUCUAUGAUGAUAGUUAUUUUUUUUUUAAAUUUUUGUAACUUUUCUAUUUCAGAAAACACUCGUUAUAAUAUUGACUUUUUUUUCGUCGAUAUAACUUGUAAUAACUUUUUCAACACUCUUCGCAUGCCUGGUGCGAGAAAAAGAAGGAUGCUUGAAAAAAAAAAUUGUUUUUCACAUUUGUCCCAAAAAAAACCAAUGUAUUACUCGCAAAUAAUCAUCGUCAAAUACUUUAUUUAUAAUUUUAUUUUAUAAAAAUAAAAUUAAAAUUCGUGAAGUUUUUCCUUUUACAAAAAAAAAAUUCUAUUUUUAACAAAAUGAAAACUAGGAUCUUACAAAGCACGGGAAUCAUCAUUUUUAUAAAAUAAAAUUAUAAAUAAAUAUUGGGUUAAAAAUUGCGAUUCUUUUAAUUUUUUUCGUCUCUCGUUCGUCUAGACCGAUGAUUCCCGUGCUUUGUAAGAUCCUAGUUUUCAUUUUGUUAAAAAUAGAAUUUUUUUUUUUUUGUAAAAGGAAAAACUUCACGAAGAGCACAUGACACGUAGGCUAUUUGUUAUCAGGCGUGCAAAGGGUUAGAAAUCCUUUGGUACGUUCUUCCGUCUUCAUUCAAGAGCGAUACGCGCGCGAACGUAUACAAGAGAAGAGUACUCGUUUCUCGCAUAUAAUUCUCGCGGACUGACACACACCAUCCCUUCGGCGGUGAUACGCGUUGUGAGAACCCUAGUGUAAAUAUUUAUUUCUUUAUUGCGAAUGUAAAUAAUACGCUAUUACGCAACUAUUGCGUUUGCAUGCGUAUGUACAUUGUACAUGUAUGUAUAUAUAUAUAUACACACACACACACACACACACACACACACACACACACAUCCACACACGUGAUUGACGAUGUCACUUGAAUGUCGUCGCCGCAUAAUAGAGAGUUAUGACGCUAGCUUCGACUUCUAGGUAGAUAACUUUUUGUAAUUUUAUAUGUCUGCGAGAGAGAGAUAAAAAAAAAAAAAAAAAAAAAACCGAGGAGAAGAGGAAGGAGGAGGAUAGGUGGUUGUACGAUAUAAAUGUAAAUAUGUAUAAUUGAGAACGCGUUCUCUUUGUCGCGCCGCGCCUUCGUGUAAGAUACUGUUCGCCGCGUGAAAGAGAGGAUAAGAAUUAAAAAAAAAAA